UUGAUCUAAAAGAAAGUACUCCUGUAGACGGACCGACACCUGUCACUAUAAUUAGAUAGUGCAGAACCAGUGAACACAAAUGGGAAGAUAUUCUGACAGCGAUGAUGAUAGAAAGAGGAGGAAAAAGAAAAAGAAGAAGAGGUCAAGAUCAAGGUCCCUUAGCAGUAACAGCAGUAGCUACAGCUAUAGACAUAAGAAAAGCAAAUCUUCUAAAUCAAGGAGAAGAUCAAGGUCUGUUUCAAAAGGUAGAGACAGAAGGUCAAGGUCAUGGAGUAGAGGUCGUCGCCGUAGGUCGAGAAGCAUAGACCGUUAUUCCAGAUCAAGAAGUAGAGAAAGGUAUUCAAGAAGAAGAUCUAGAUCUGAUAGCAGAGGUCACAGUUACAGACGUUCAAGGUCAAGAGAGCGGUAUCAAAGAUCAAGGUCAAGGACACCAGACAAAUAUAAAUCAAAGUCAAAAAGAAGGUCAAGGUCCAUUGACAGAGUUAAAAGUUCAAGCAGAUACAACUCCUCAAGUCCAUCAUCCUCAUCAAAGCUAAAGGAUGGCAAAGAUGAUCCAGCUGAAAUGAUUCCUGGUUUUCAUGAUAUGACACCUGCUGAGCAGAGUAAACUGAGGCUCCAGUUGGCCCUGAAGGCUGCUGCUGCAGCAGAUGAGAGGAUCAAAGACCAAAUUAAAGAGAGUCAGUUUGGUGGAGCAACAUCAAUAGAGGAUCAGAUGAAAUUCUCCAGUGCUGUCAAGGACAUCGAGAGCUCCACUUUCGUGCCAUCCAGUUUCAAAUCAAACAGAUCAGACCGUUCCAAUGUAGACGAUAAAAAGGAAGAUUUCCUGUUUGGUACUGCUGGUGAAAUCCGAGCUGACAUGACGCCACGGAAACCUCUUAUCAUACAUGACCUGAACACUCUCUCUCACCCAAAUUUACAUGUUGAUCCAGAUGAGAAGAUGAAGCGCUGGAUUGAACGUCUAGCAAUGCUUCGGAAGAAAAAGCUUGAGGGAGAAGUCAUAGAUUAAAAAGGAAAGUUUAGUGAUACUAAAUCUGUACUGAACAUUUCAAAUUGUGAUAUUGAAAAAAAAAAGGAAAAAUGUACAUCUUUCAGAAAGCUUCAAAUAUUGCCAUCAAUGGACAUAAAUAUUAUUUUAGUUCACACCUGUGCAACCUGGCUCCAUACCGAGACUGACAGACACACAUAAAAUUCCAAAUUCCAAUUCCAAACUGUACGUGAUCAGUGACCCAAUCCAGGUAUACUCAUUAUUAAAUAAAGAAGUGCAUGUAUAAGAUGUGAAAUUAAGGAAAGAUAAUGUUUAUACUGCAAUGUAUGUAUUUGUAGGUAUAAACAUUAAUUUAUUUUACAACAAUUAUGUGCAAUUUAUACUAAUCACUCUUGUUAGCAUGAUGUAAGCAUGUGAGGGAUCUUACUGUAUGAUGAAACUGCAGUACCCAGGGAAAAAAUUCCCACCUACUUUGUCAGGCUGAUGACUCCCUACCAUGCCCAUUCAGGGAAUCUUACUCUAGGUGGAAGCUUAGUGUGUUACCACUUACCAUCAAACCACCCUACAUGUAGGAGUAGGUAUGAAGUAUAGUUUUAUCCGAGAGAGUUAAAUCCACUACUGGAUAAGAUUUCUCUCCUUCCCUGGUUUUGGUAAAAGGUUCUGUACCAAAUUGUGAAUUUACAUUUAAUAAAUGUUUAAUGAGAAUAGAUGGACUUUUUUUUGUACACAUACCAAUGUGAGAAUAAUACCUAAGUUAAUUCUCACAUAUUUGUUUUAUUGUAAUUUGGACCAACUCACAGUUGAUAAAUCAUUUCAUCAAAAGUUUAUGGUUUGUAUUCAACAACUGAAAAAACGAUAUGAAAAUGGCUUUGUAUUCUGUUGUGUCAAUGCUAGAAAUUACUGAGGCAACACUUGCAGUGUUCUUGAGCAUGUCUAACGAAAUAUAGGGAUUUUACAAUAAAACAAACUGCAUUGAUAAUUCUAAA